AUGCCUACACGUGCGUACGCGACGGAGCGGGGUGUGAAGAUGGCGGACGAGGAGGCCGAGCAGGAGAGGCUGAGCCGCGGCGGCGGCGGCUGCGUCGCGGAGCUGCAGCGCCUGGGCGAGCGGCUCCAGGAGCUGGAGCGGGAGCUGCGGGAGAGCCGGGCGCCGGCCGUGGAGGCGGCCACGGAGUACUGCCAGCAGCUGUGCCAGACACUCCUUGAAUAUGCAGAGAAAUGGAAAACCUCAGAAGAUCCCUUUCCUUUGUUGGAGGUAUACACAGUGGCCAUCCAAAGUUAUGUUAAAGCCCGACCUUAUCUUACCUCUGAGUGUGAAAAUGUAGCAUUGGUUCUGGAACGCUUGGCAUUAAGCUGUGUUGAACUUCUGCUGUGUCUGCCUGUUGAGUUAUCAGAUAAACAGUGGGAACAAUUUCAGACACUGGUGCAGGUAGCUCAUGAAAAGCUGAUGGAGAAUGGCAGCUGUGAAUUGCAUUUUUUAGCUACUCUAGCUCAAGAGACUGGGGUGUGGAAAAACCCGGUACUGUGCACUAUUCUUUCCCAGGAACCAUUGGAUAAGGAUAAAGUGAAUGAAUUUUUAGCUUUUGAGGGUCCCAUCUUGUUGGAUAUGAGAAUUAAACAUCUAAUCAAAACAAAUCAAUUAAGUCAAGCAACUGCUCUAGCAAAGCUGUGUUCUGACCAUCCAGAGAUUGGUACAAAAGGUAGUUUUAAGCAAACUUACCUUGUCUGUCUUUGCACAUCAUCACCAAAUGAAAAGUUAAUUGAAGAGAUUUCAGAAGUUGAUUGCAAAGAUGCACUAGAAAUGAUCUGUAACUUAGAAUCUGAGGGUGAUGAAAAAAGUGCUCUUGUUUUAUGUACUGCAUUUUUGUCACGUCAGCUCCAACAAGGAGAAAUGUAUUGUGCUUGGGAACUCACUCUCUUUUGGAGUAAAUUACAGCAGAGAGUAGAACCAUCUGUUCACGUGUACCUGGAAAGAUGUCGUCAACUUUCUUUGUUAACCAAGACAGUAUAUCAUAUUUUCUUCCUGAUUAAAGUUAUUAAUUCAGAGACUGAAGGUGCUGGACUUGCUACCUGUAUAGAACUAUGUGUAAAAGCUCUACGCUUGGAAUCUACAGAAAAUACUGAAGUGAAAAUAUCUAUUUGCAAGACCAUUUCUUGUUUGUUGCCUGAUGAUCUGGAAGUUAAACGUGCUUGUCAACUGAGCGAAUUUCUUAUUGAGCCUACAGUAGAUGCAUAUUAUGCUGUGGAAAUGUUAUAUAACCAGCCAGACCAGAAAUAUGAUGAAGAGAAUCUUCCAAUACCAAAUUCUCUACGCUGUGAGCUCUUACUUGUAUUAAAAACUCAGUGGCCCUUUGAUCCAGAAUUCUGGGACUGGAAAACCUUAAAACGACAAUGUCUUGCAUUAAUGGGGGAAGAAGCAUCCAUUGUGUCUUCAAUCGAUGAACUAAAUGACAGUGAAGUUUAUGAGAAAGUAGGCGACUACCAGGAAGAGACGAAAGAAACUUCUGUGAAUGGACUUACUGGAGGAGUUGGUGCUAAUUCUGGCCUUUGUGAUGAAAAACAGAAGAAGAAAGAGAUAAAGCAAUUGAGAGAGAGAGGAUUUAUAUCUGCUAGGUUUCGGAAUUGGCAAGCCUACAUGCAGUAUUGUGUGCUAUGUGACAAAGAAUUUCUUGGUCAUAGAAUAGUACGACACGCUCAAAAACAUUACAAAGAUGGGAUUUACAGUUGUCCUAUCUGUGCAAAGAACUUUAAUUCUAAAGAAACUUUUGUCCCUCAUGUCACAUUGCAUGUUAAACAAUCUAGUAAAGAGAGACUAGCAGCUAUGAAACCAUUAAGAAGAUUGGGAAGGCCGCCUAAAAUCACAACUACCAAUGAAAAUCAGAAGAUUAAUGCUGUGACCAAGCAGGAACAGCGGCCUAUAAAAAAGAAUAGUCUUUAUUCAACAGACUUUAUAGUAUUUAAUGACAAUGAUGGCUCAGAUGAUGAAAAUGAUGACAAAGACAAGUCUUAUGAGCCAGAAGUCAUCCCAGUCCAGAAACCAGUACCUGUCAAUGAAUUUAAUUGCCCUGUAACUUUUUGUAAAAAGGGCUUUAAGUACUUUAAAAAUUUAAUUGCUCAUGUAAAGGGGCAUAAGGAUAAUGAAGAUGCCAAGCGCUUUCUUGAAAUGCAAAGCAAAAAAGUUAUUUGCCAGUACUGUAGACGUCAUUUUGUAAGUGUUACUCAUCUCAAUGAUCACUUACAAAUGCACUGUGGUAGUAAACCAUAUAUCUGUAUACAGAUGAAAUGUAAGGCUGGUUUUAAUAGUUAUGCAGAGCUCUUAACCCACCGAAAGGAACAUCAAAUUUUUAGAGCAAAGUGUAUGUUUCCUAAAUGUGGCAGAAUUUUUUCAGAAGCUUAUUUACUCUACGAUCAUGAAGCACAGCAUUAUAAUACCUAUACUUGUAAGUUCACAGAUUGUGGUAAAGUAUAUCGUUCUCAGAGUGAGCUAGAAAAGCAUCUGGAUGAUCAUAGCACUCCUCAAAAAGCACUGCCUCCAGAAGACCAACUUAAUUCUUCUGGAGCUUCUGUCCAGCUUUCCAAAGUGAAUCAGAACCCAGAAGGGACCACUGAGAAAGAAAUGUCUAUGCUUCCUUCACAAGAUAACGUUGAAAGUACGUUAUCAACAGAUAGAAGUGAUGCUUGGGAUAAAAGCAGUGCAGAAUCAGCUGUGGCCAAACAAGACCAUGUUUCUGCUUGUGAGCUCAGGCAAGCUGAUGAACCAUUGUCAAAUGGUUUGGAAAAUCCUGCUACUACUCCUCUGCUACAGGCCAGUGAAGUGGCUGUGUCCAUUAAGGUGUCCCUCAAUCAGGGAAUUGAGGAUAACUUUGGAAAGCAAGAAAACUCAACUGUGGAAGAUUCUGGAGAAUCACUGGUCACAAACAUACAUACAGUAGUUGAAGAUACUUGUAAUGAUUUGUGUCAUCCAAGUUUCCAGGAGAGAAAAGAGCAGGAUUGCUUUAAUGAAGCCCAGAUUACUCAGAAUUCUUUAGAAAACACAGAAACGCUCAAAAUAGGUGACCUUACCCCACAAAACUUAGAAAGACAAGUGAACAACUUGAUGGCCUUUUCUGUGCAAAAUCAGACAGGAUUUCAAAACAGUUUGCCAACAUCCAAGUUUGAAUGUGGAGAUAAUGUUAAAACAUCAGCUAAUCUUUAUAAUUUACCCCUUAAGACAUUAGAAAGUAUCACAUUUGUUCCACCACAGCCCAAUCUAAGUAGUUCUUUAGGAACUCCAUCAGUGCCUCCAAAAGCGCCAGUUCAGAAGUUCAGUUGCCAGGUUGAGGGAUGUACUCGAACCUAUAAUUCUUCACAGAGUAUUGGGAAGCACAUGAAGACAGCACACCCUGACCAGUAUGCUGCAUUUAAAAUGCAGUGCAAAAGUAAAAAAGGCCAGAAAUCUAACAACUUAAAUGUACCAAAUAAUGGAAAGUUUGUUUAUUUUUUGCCAUCACAGGUCAGCAGCUCUAACAAUGCAUUUUUUACACCACAAACCAAAGCCAAUGAAAAUUCUACUUGUUCAGAUCAGUUGCAGCAUGUCUCAUCUUCCAUUUUUCCAGCUCAGUUGGCCAGUGUAUCAACUCCAUUGUUACCCUCGGUAGAAAGUGUCAUAAAUCCAAAUUUACCUUCUCAGGAUAAAAAUGAACAGGGUGGUAGUAUGAUAUGUUCCCAGAUGGAAAAUUUGUCUAAUACUACCUUACCAGCACAAGUGGAAGAUAUAACCAAAACAGUUUUGCCUUUGAAUAUUGACAGUGGCUCAGAUCCUUUCCUUCCUUUACCUGCAGAAAAUAGUUCAAUGUCUCUCUUCCCUUCACCAGCAGAUAGUGGAACUAAUUCUGUUUUUUCCCAGCUGGAAAACAAUACAAGUCAUUUUUCCUCACAGAUUGAAGGAAACACUAAUUCCUCCUUUCUAAAAGGAGGUAAUGUUGAAAAUGCAGUUUUUCCCUCACAAGUAAAUGUUGCAAAUGACUUUAGCAGCACCAGUAUGCAACAGUCUGCUCCUGAGAAAGUUAAGAAAGACCGUGGGCGAGGCCCAAAUGGGAAGGAAAGAAAACCCAAGCACAACAAAAGGGCUAAGUGGCCUGCAAUUAUCAGAGAUGGGAAAUUUAUCUGUAGCAGGUGUUAUAGGGCUUUUACCAAUCCCAGAUCGCUUGGUGGACACUUGUCUAAGCGAUCUUAUUGUAAACCUCUGGAUGGAGCAGAAAUUGCUCAAGAACUUCUACAGAGUAAUGGACAGCCUUCUCUUCUUGCCAGCAUGAUUCUCUCCACAAACGCAAUAAAUUUGCAGCAGCCACAACAGUCUACCUUCAAUCCAGAAACAUGUUUUAAAGAUCCAUCAUUCCUACAACUACUUGCUGCUGAAAAUCGCUCUUCAACAUUUUUACCAAAUACAUUUCCUAGGACUGGUGUGACUAACUUUAAUACAAGUGUUAGCCAAGAAGGAAGUGAAAUUAUCAAACAGGCUUUGGAAACUGCUGGGAUUCCCAGUACAUUUGAGGGUGCUGAAAUGCUUUCUCAAGCUCCAACAGGUUGUGUCUCAGAUGCAGCACAAGUAAAUGCUACAGUGAUACCAAAUCCAGCAGUGCCACCAACCAUGUUGCAGACUGUGUGCCACCCAAACUCCCUGCUGACAAGCCAGAAUAGGACACCAAACUCCAAAACUCCCUCCAUUGAGGAAUGCAGCAGUUUGCCCAUUUUUCCAACAAAUGACUUACUACUGAAGACUGUUGAAAAUGGUUUGUGCUCUAGUACAUUCCCUAAUUCUAGUGGGCCAUCACAAAAUUUUACCAGUAACAAUUCACGUGUUUCAGUUAUAAGUGGUCCUCAGAACACAAGGUCCAGUCAUUUAAAUAAAAAGGGAAAUAGUGCUUCUAAGAGAAGAAAGAAAGUUACUCCUCCACUAAUUGCUCCUAAUGCUUCCCAAAACUUGGUAACUAGUGACUUAACAGCAAUGGGACUUAUAGCAAAGAGUAUAGAGAUACCAGCUAACCUUCAUUCAAACGUAAUUCCAAAUUGUGAACCUCAGACUUUGGUGGAAAAUCUAACACAGAAAUUAAGUAAUGUGGAUAAUCAAUUAUUUCUGACUGAUGUGAAAGAAAACUUUAAAACCAAUCUUGAGUCUCAUACAGUGUUAGCCCCUUUACCAUUAAAAACUGAAAAUGGUGAUUCUCAAAUGAUGGCUUUGAAUUCAUGCACAACUUCAAUAAGUUCUGAUUUGCAGAUUACUGAAGAUAAUGUUAUACAAAACUUUGAAAAGACUCUUGAAAUUAUUAAAAGUGCUAUGAAUUCUCAAAUACUUGAGGUAAAAAGUGGAUCUCAGGGUGUUGGUGAAACAUCACAGAAUGCUCAAAUAAAUUAUAACAUUCAACUUCCUUCAGUAAACACUGUACAGAAUAACAAAUUACCUGACUCUUCUCAGUUUUCCUCCUUCGUAGGUGCUGUGCCGACAAAAAGUAACAUUCCUCAGUCUGAAGUAUUCCAUAAGGAGGAUCAAAUACAAGAAAUUUUAGAAGGCUUACAGAAAUUAAAAUUAGAAAAUGACCUAUCCACUCCAGCAUCCCAAUGUGUACUAACAAAUACAUCAGUGACACUGACUCCUGUUCCUGUUAAAGCAAUUCCAAAUGUUACAGUUGUUCAGCCAGUUUCUGAAAUGAUAAAUAUUCAGCUUAUUGACAAAGUUAAUAAACCCUUUGUGUGUCAAAACCAAGGCUGUAAUUACAGUGCUAUGACAAAGGAUGCACUAUUUAAGCACUAUGGUAAAAUUCAUCAGUACACUCCAGAGAUGAUACUUGAAAUUAAAAAGAAUCAGUUGAAAUUUGCUCCAUUUAAAUGUGUAGUACCUACCUGCACAAAAACAUUUACAAGAAAUUCUAACCUCCGAGCGCACUGUCAGUUGGUACAUCAUUUUACAACAGAGGAAAUGGUAAAAUUAAAAAUAAAAAGGCCUUAUGGGAGAAAAUCUCAGAAUGAGAGUUUGUCAGUUUCACGAAUAACACAAGUAAAAAGACAGCUAGCUAUGAUAGAGGAAAAUAAAAGGGAAUUUCAGUCUGCUAUGGAACUGGGAGCAAUGAAGGAAAAUGCCUUCAGUAAUAUAGCAGUGAUUCCAGAAAAUCAACUUCUAGAAAAAAAAAGUUUUGAAAAAACAGAAAGUUCUCCACAAGUAUGCACAGUUAUUUCAGAACAGUGUAAUACAAAUUCUCUCCCAAACAUACAAACCAAAGGACGGAAAAUCAGGAGACAUAAAAAAGAAAAGGAGGAGAAGAAACGCAAGAAGCCAGUUUCCCAACCCCUUGAGUUUCCAACAAGCUACAGUCCUUAUAGACCUUACCGAUGUGUUCAUCAGGGUUGCUUUGCUGCCUUUACAAUACAGCAAAACUUAAUUCUGCAUUACCAGGCUGUACACAAAUCAGAUCUACCUGCAUUUUCUGCAGAAGUUGAAGAGGAAAGCGAGACUGGUAAAGAAAGUGAAGAAAUUGAAACUAAACAAACGGUGAAAGAAUUUCGAUGUCAGGUGAGUGACUGUUCUAGAAUUUUCCAAGCUAUUACUGGCUUAAUACAACACUAUAUGAAACUUCAUGAAAUGACUCCUGAGGAAAUUGAAAGUAUGACUGCUUCCGUGGAUGUUGGGAAAUUUCCGUGUGACCAGUUAGAGUGUAAAUCUUCCUUUACCACAUAUUUGAACUAUGUCGUUCAUCUUGAGGCAGACCAUGGGAUUGGUAUAAGGGGGAGUAAAACUGAAGAAGAUGGCAUAUACAAAUGUGAUUGUGAGGGCUGUGACCGUAUAUAUGCAACUCGGUCUAAUCUCCUUCGACACAUUUUUAAUAAGCAUAAUGAUAAACAUAAAGCUCAUUUGAUUCGGCCAAGAAGGUUAACAUCUGGUCAGGAAAAUAUAUCAAGCAAAGCAAACCAAGACAAGACAAAGUCUAAAUAUCGGGGAACAAAAUACAGAUCUGGAAAGGAAGGAACCAAAAUGCCUAAGAUCAAACGAAGGAAAAAAAAUAAUUUAGAAAACAAGAAUACAAAGAUUGUACAGAUUGAAGAAAAUAAGCCUUAUUCUCUGAAACGUGGAAAGCAUGUAUAUUCUAUAAAGGCAAGAAAUGAUGCCUUAUCUGAAUGUACAAGCAAAUUUGUAACCCAAUAUCCGUGUAUGAUAAAGGGGUGUACAUCAGUUGUUACAAGUGAAAGCAAUAUAAUUCGACAUUAUAAAUGUCAUAAAUUAUCUAAAGCUUUUACAUCACAGCACCGCAAUCUUCUUAUUGUCUUCAAACAGUGUUGCAAUUCACAAAUAAAGGAAACUUCUCAGCAAGAAGUUGAUAAGAAUGAUGUGAAAGAAUCAGGUCCAUGUGUAUCAGAGAGCAGCGAUGAUAAUGCAAGAACAACUACAGUUCCACAGAAGGAAGUUGAAAAAAAUGAAAAAGAUGAAAUGGAUGAACUGACAGAAUUAUUUAUUACAAAAUUAAUAAAUGAAGAUAACACAAAUGUGGAGACCCAAGCUCAUACCUCUUCAAACGUAAAUAAUGAUUUUCAGGAAAAUAAACCCUGCCAACAAGAAAAACAAAAAGGAAGUAAUUUGAAGAGAGGUAAUAAAGAAAAAAAUGUCUCCCAAAAUAAAAAGAGGAAAGUUGAAAAGGCUGACCCAGCACCAGCAGUUGAGUUAAGUAAUUUGCAUAAAGAAGAAGAAACUGCUGUUGCAAUUCAAACCACUGAGGAGCAUCCUGCCUCUUUUGACUGGAGCUCAUUUAAACCGAUGGGAUUUGAAGUGUCAUUUCUGAAGUUUCUUGAGGAGUCUGCAGUGAAACAGAAGAAAAAUACUGACAAAGAGCAUUCAAAUAGUGGAAGUAAAAAAGGAUCCCAUUCAAAUUCAAGAAAAAAUAUUGACAAGACUGCUGUGAAUAGUGGAAAUCAUAUAUGUUCUCAUAAAGAGAGUGAAACCUUUGUACAGUUUGCCAAUCCAUCACAGCUUCAGUGCAGUAAUAAUGUAAAAAUUGUUUUAGACAAGACUCUGAAAGACUGCACCGAGCUUGUCUUAAAGCAACUUCAGGAAAUGAAACCUACUGUCAGUCUGAAAAAACUUGAAGUACAUUCAAAUGAUCGAUGUGUGUCUGUUCUGAAAGAAAUCAGUAUGGGCAAAGCCACAGGGAGAGGACAGUACUGA